CGCUCACCGAAGAGCCGCGUUAAAUGUAAAUAUCGCACGGUGCUCCGGAUAUUUGUACGCAUAUCGCAUAUCAACCGACGAUGUUCCGCCGCAUCGCAUCGUUUUCCUUGGUUUUUCACGUCAUCGCGUCAGGAGUUUUCGCGGUCCAAGCGCCGCGCGAAAAUUCUACAGUUGUGCAAGUGCAAAACGUAAAUCACCGCCAUGGGGUAGAUAACGUGGAGACCGCCAGGCAGGGCAGGGCGAUGGGCAAUUCGAUUUACGCCGGGUUUAUCACGUGCGCUUUUCAAUACGACGCCGCGUGUUUCGUCGACGUCGCCCGGAAAUAUUUGGAUGCCCAGAAAAGAGAAUUAUUAGCUCAGGCAGACGAGGAAGUGUCCCGAGCGAAUCCCAACACCAGCUUGUCCAAUAAGCCGUCCCAAAUAGCGAGUUCGAUAGAGAAAUUGUUCUCUGAAUUGACGAAUUUGUUCAGGGACGGUUUGAGCAACUUCUUCGGCAAAGGGGACGAUGAUGAUUCCGCCUCAGAAACGAAAGAGGUGGAUGAAGACGAUGACGAUGAUGAGGAAGAAGACGAUAAAAAAGAUAAUUCUAGUAGAGAUGUCGGAGAAAAGAAGAAGCGAAAGCGAAAAACUAAAGAAAUGGAAGUAAAGGAUGAACAACGAAAAGAAAUACUAAAUCAAUUCCAAAAAGCAUUGGAGAAAUAUUUGAAGGAUAUGAAACAAGAAUAUAAAGAAGAAGAAGAAGUCAAAGAUGAUAAAAGCAUCUUUCAAAAAUUUUCGGAAUACUUCAAUGAAGAAUCGAAGGUAGAAUCAGAGAAACCGGAGGAGCAAAGUGGAAGUUUUUUUCAAAAUAUUUUGUCAUUUUUUAACGAAUACGAAACUACUGAAAAACCUCAAGUACAUAAUGAAACAUUUUUCCAACAACUAUUUUCACAGUUUAAAGACGAAGAAACGAUUAAAGAAGUAAAUGAAAAACCGGAAGAAGAAAGUCCCGGUCUCUUUGGAAAUUUGUUUUCUCUAUUUGCAGAUGAUCCAACCACAAAGAAACCGGAGGAACAAGAUAACACUUCAGAACAAUCAAAUUUUGAUAAAGUAUUUUCAAAUUUUAUGAAGAAAAAGAAUGAUAAUAAAAUAGAAGAAAAAAACGCAUUUCAAAAAUUUAUAUCGCAAUUUGUGGAAGACACAACAAAAAAACCGGAUAAAGAAGACAGCGACGAAAACAAGAAAGUAUUAUUUCAGGAAUUUAUGACACACUUCAUUGAAGAAACGAAAAAUAAACGGAAACGAGAAAACUUGAGUUUAAUCGAGCGAUUUUUAUCAAUGUUCCACGAAGAAAGAAAUAAAAAAUCCGACGAAAUCCCGGAAACCAAAACUCUAAAUUUCGAUUUAAACAAAAUAGAGAAUUUUUUAUCAGAGGUAAAUAAAAGUUUAGCCGAAAUGACCGAAAAAUUUACAACAACAGAAAAAUUCAUAGAAACAACUACGAUUAAAGAAAAACAAGUUCCAUCUACAACGAAGAAUCCUUCUGUAAUACCAGAAGAGGAACCUCUAAAAACUGUCGUCGUCACCAGAAAUCAAACCAUUAAUAUUUUUCCUUACACCAGCGAAAAACCACCGUCAAUCAUCGAAAAAGUCUUCGUCAUGGAAAAAUCCCCAGCAUCAGAAAAACCCAUGAUAUUUCUAAUAGAAGGUGCCAAACCCGCAGACUCCACAUCACCAAAGGCGAAGAAAAAAGAAGGCCCAAUCCGCAAGCUGGUCAAAUUCAUCCACAAAGUUAUGCUGGGAAUCGUCUUACUCGCCACGAUAAUUUUCCUCCUAAGAUUUUUUUACGCUUUCCUAGCAUUGACUCGAUGGUUGUUGCAAUUCAAAUCGUUCCUAUCCAAUGCAGUAGAAACUUACCUCUACCUAAAAGACUACGAAUUUAGUACUCCCGACAUCUAUGAACAGUAUGUUGUAACUACCAAUGAUCAGGACACGUUGCCUUAUUACAAAAAAUGGGAAUGGGAAGACAAGACUCAACAAAUAUCCUCCAUAGAUAAUUCAGUGGAUGAUCCGUGGAUUUUGGAAGACUAGAAGUUGCUGUUUAGUAGAAAAAAUUAUGGGUGCAUGGAUUUGGGAAUUUUAUAGAUUACACAAAUACGGGUGUCUCCAAAAUGGGUGGAAUUAUAUAAGUUUUAAUCUGAAGCUAGAGCGAGGAGUGAUUUAAAGAAUGAAAAUUCUACAACUCUUUGUGUAUACAACGGGUUAUAAGUAAUUUAGAGAAAAUGGGUGAUUCGUUUAGAAAGUAAGGAAUUAGUUAUAGACAAGUGCCAUCUAUUCCUAGAAAAAAUUAACUAACAUUGCCUUGAACUUGCCUGCUCAAAUCUUGUAAAUAGAUUUUUUUGUACCAUUAAAAUCUAGUAGACGCAAAUAAAUGGCAGGCGAGGUGUGAUUAUUAAAUAGUUAGACUGAAAUAGAUGUCCAAAAAUUAAACAAACUGUAAUGUUAA